AUGAUUUCUCAAGUUGUGAAUAUAGAUCUUGAUAAAUGCACGUGUAGAUCUAACAGUAUAAACUAUUACAAAAUAUUGUCGUUGAAAAGAAGCUGCACCGAUAUAGAAAUCAAAGAAGCAUAUCGACGAUGCGCUGUACGAUACAAUCCCUUACAGCAAAAGAACGGAGGUGCCGAGGCGAUUUUCGCCUUAGCAGCUGAAGCGUACGACGUGCUCUCAGAUCCUCUUAGAAGAACCGUAUAUGAUCAAUACGGUGAAGAAGGGCUUAAAAAUGGUGUAUCGCGACCAGAAGGAUUUGUGAAACCUUACGUCUAUCACGGGGAACCAAUGCGAACCUUUAGAGAAUUUUUUGCAGUUCAAGAUCCCUAUAAUGAUCUCUUGAAUAUUCUAAGUGAGCCUCAACCUCUAUUCGAAUUUCCUGAAGGUCGAGGUAUUAAACGAAAAGAAGAACCCUUGAUCAAAACUUUGUUUUUAACUCUUUCGGAGGUAUUUUUCGGUGGAAUAAAAAAAAUGAAAAUUCAAAGAUUGGUUUUGGUCGGCAACGAUAAGUCAAUUACUGUAUCGAUGGAAAAAAUCUUGACGAUACCUAUUAAACCGGGGAUUCCCCCAGGUACUAAAAUACUAUUUCCAGAAGAAGGUGAUCAAGGACCCACAAAGAUACCCGCGGAUGUUAUCUUCGUCACGGAGGAUCGGCCUCACGAAACGUUCCGGCGAGAGGGCUCGGACUUGCACACGACGGUCGAUAUCUUUCUAAGGGAAGCGCUGACCGGAACGGUGAUCACGCUUAACACCGUCGACGACAGAACUCUUCGGAUCCCGAUAACAUCGAUCGUUGCACCGGAUUACAUCAAACGUGUACCAGGCGAAGGUAUGCCCUUCGUAGCAAAUCCGAAGCAGAGAGGCGAUCUGAUACUGAGAUUUAAUAUCGAGUUUCCGAUUUAUUUGCCGUUAUUCAGUAAGAAUCACAUCAAGAAAGCUUUCGAAACGUCUCGUACGAACGUCAAGAAUGCUGAGGAUAUUCAUCGCCUUAUAUUGGCCAACAAGAUGCGCAGAAACGUCGAUGACAACAUUUCAUUACGACGAGGCGCGAAUGAUGAAGCGGAGCGAUUAAAAUUUAUAUGCGAAACGUGA